UUGUAUGCGGCUAAAUUUACGCUUGCGGGCAUCUGUUGUGUUUCGGUGUCAGCUAACGAUAGCUAAAGUUAGCUUCAUCCUGAACCAACAUCAGCAAACAAGGAUACCAACGAUGAAGACGUGUCUCUGUUUGAUGCCGAGGAUGACGCAGGGAAAAGGUCGAAGAAGUCGGGCGUUAAGCAUCCGGUAGCAGCCUUCUUCCACCUCUUCUUCAGAGUCAGUGCCAUCAUCGUGUACCUGCUCGCUGAGCUCAUUGGUGGGAGCUUCAUCGCCUGCAUGGUCACAAUAAUCCUUCUGCUCUCAUGUGACUUCUGGACAGUAAAGAACAUCACUGGGAGGUUGAUGGUUGGUCUGCGGUGGUGGAAUCAGGUUGAUGAUGAUGGACGAAGCCACUGGGUGUUUGAGUCGAGGAAGGGUACAGGGAAGCAGCAAGCAUCAGAUUCAGAGUCCAGAAUAUUCUGGCUCGGACUGAUUGUUUGCCCCAUCCUCUGGGUCAUCUUUGUCUUUAGCACCCUGUUUUCAUUCAGGAUUAAAUGGAUGCCCGUCGUGAUCAUGGGCGUUGUGCUGCAAGGCGCCAACCUGUACGGAUACGUGAGGUGCAAAGUGGGAGGGAAGACCAGCUUAAAGAACAUGGCUACCAAUUAUUUCGGACGACAGUUCCUCAAACAGACGCUGUCUAAGGAAGAGGAAUCGUAGAGUGCAGCUCUGCGGCGUUAACACAUCUGCAUUAUUCUCAAUGCUCUGAUAUAUAAACCUUCUUUUUCUCAGUGGACACGGGCAGGAAAGCAUUCUCAGAAAAAGGGCAGUUUUUGAUUGUGUGCUUUCUUUAAAUGACUCAGUAGAGUUGUCUUUAUCUUCCACACAGAGGUCAGAGGUGGGUUUUCACUACCUGAGGUCCAGCAAUAAAUCCUCUGAUUACCGAGAACUGCAUGAGUGUAAAACAGCUGACGCGUCGGAGUGACUGUAGUUUGUGUCGUAGUCUCACAGCUCCUUCAGAUUUCUUCUUUUAGUUAGUUUGCCUCUAAUAACUUUAUAAAUUAACAGUAAUUAAAGAACCUUUGAGAGAUGUCAUACAGACAUUUUGGUUUGUAUGAAAGUGUGUAAAGUGUAACAGGAGAUUUGUAAAUAUGUAAGUGAACAAACUGUGUGAAGAGUCAUCUUUUGUGCAAAUACAUUUGUAACGUUUUUCCGAA